UACAUCUAGAUCUAUAUCUAGAUAGUUUCAAGAAUCUAAGAUUCUAGCUACUCUUAGCUAGAGCUAGACUCCGAGUCAGACACUGAGUCAGUGACGAGACAGUCUGUUCAGUCACUGACAGUACUCAGUAGUGACAGUCAACUGAGACUAAACUUUCACACUAAAAAAGACAGUAAAACAUAGUCUUUGCACACUAAAAGUUUCAAAGUCUUUAAGAAAUUAAAAUAUCAUGUCCCAUUCAAAAAGAUCUCAAACGUCUGCUUAUCAAGUUUAUGCUUCAACUGGCUAUCAAAAAUCAAACCGCCAAUCUCGUUCAUAUGACACUUCAAGUAGACACAGGGAAAACAGUUUAUUAGAAAACGAAGACUACAAAAGAAACCGUAGUUCUGGUAGUUCAAAGAGUGUUAAAAAGAAUAAAGAAUUUUUUUCGGAUUCUGUAGAAGAUUUUAGAGACUAUAAUAGGAAAAGUUUUGAAAACUCCUCCACUGCUAUCUCUAAAAUGUCAGACUCUAAAUCACAUCGACAUGACAGAAAAGAUAAGGAGGGCAUUGUGAAAUCAACACAGUCCCUAAUGGACAUUGAUUUCAGUAGCAAUCGUGGCAUCACCUCAGCCCAUCUUUCUAAAUGGAAAGAUUUUUCAUCCCAUCAUGGUCACUCCUCCGAAGAAGACCAGAAUGAUCGACACAAUAUGUGGAAAGGUGGUCGUAAGUUCAGCAAAUAUUCAGACUCUGAGGAAGAAGAGGAUGGAGAUUUCUGGCGAAAAGAAAAGCAUGGCAGGAACAAACGUACAUGGAAGGAAUCAUCCAGCUCAUCCAGACAUGCCCCGCUUAUUGUUGAUUUCCCAGAACCUAGUCACAAUAGUGGUAAAAAGUCCUCACUGCCCCAAGGGAAACCAAAGCCGUUGUUAGAAACCUAUAUCCCUCCUCCUGUGAAGAAACCUGUCAGUUUGCUGGAUCUCCCCAACACUGGCUUGAGGGUCCAUGACAGAGCUAAGCGCAAGAACAGCUCAAGAAUGAGACAGAGUGAUUCACGAUCAGAUGGCAAGUAUGAUGAAGAAUCACAUCAGGAUCAUGAUUUGUCUUCAGGAAAAUCUCCUGCAAAGAAGGCUAAACUGGACAAGUCUGAGUUACAAGACAGACAUCCAGAGAAUACAAAAAUUCUGUCCUGUAAGUGUAGCAGUAGUACAUUCCUUAUUAUCCCUUCAUGUUGUGCGAUGACUUACCUACAUGGACGUGCCAAGCUCACAGUACUGUUGGGCUCAGUUUCAAUACUGGCCUACAAGCUAACACAAGGACAGUGUUACGAUGUGUACUCUCCUGCUUCAUGUAGUCUCUUGGGGAUCAAUGUAGAUAAUAGUCAGACGUUCAAGUCGAGUGAUGUCAGAGAGUUACUUUCUAAGCAUGGGGUUGUUGACUUGGAGAAAGAGUUGGCUAACCUUGACAACAGUACAGUGGCUGUCCUGAGAGCCGAAAGACUUGAGUCUGCAGUGUGUGACUAUGUUACAAGCUUUAUUCCUUACACACAGCUCUUUACUGCUUCACCUGCCAGGGACAUUGACCAAACCAACCAUAAAGGCAUAACCCUGCCUAAACUUGGCCUCAAAUUAGCUCCAGCCAAGGAGAUGGUGUCCACUUGUAUGAACAUGUCACCUGAGUAUGAGGAUGUGCUGGUCAAGUGGGCCAAGAAAGUCUCAGAAGGUCUAGAAGGGAAAAGGCCGCCAAUUGUACUGUGCUGUGGCGCUAAGAACACUGGAAAGUCUACUUUUAACAGGAUGCUCCUUAACACCACAUUACAAAAUGCAGAGUCUGUUGCCUACUUGGAGUGUGAUGUUGGUCAGACUGAGUUCUCUCCACCUGGUACCCUUGCUCUCCACAUUAUUAGCCAGCCAGUAUUGGGUGCGCCAUUCUGUCAUCAACAGCAUGCUGAAAGAAUGGUUUUCUAUGGCGAUGCCUCCCCAAGCCAAGAUCCUAGCUUGUAUUUGAAGUGUCUCAAGUUUGUAUUUGAAGCCUACAAAGAAAUGAACUGGCCUCUGCCGCUAGUAGUAAAUACCAUGGGAUUUCCUGAAGGUAUUGGACUGAUGUUACUAAUUGAUACCAUGCAGAUUGUGGAGCCAGACCUAGUCCUGCAGAUUGAAAGCUUCAAUCAAAUGCUCAAUUUCCCAGCUAUAACACAGGAAGUGGUGGCACUGGAUGAAGGGUGGAGCUGCAAUAAACUUCCAGUCAGGGAUCCCAAGCAGAAAGUAUCAGAAACCAAAGAACAUGAGUUGAUGUUCCUAGCUACACUUGUCAGUCAGAGAAGAGAUUUUAGUAUGAAGCUGAAACCAGCCGAUCUACGUAACCUGGCCCUUCUGUCUAGUCUGUCCUCUGGCCUGGAGCGUGGCAUGACCCUGACCUCCAUGCCUCCUUACACAGUACCCUAUAGGUAUCUUGGAAUCCAUGUGUGUCACCAUCGUGUUCCAUUGGAAGGUCUCCUUCAAGCUAUUGACUCCAGUGUGGUGGCUCUUUGUGUUACAGACUUGACACAGGCCAAGAAAGAAAAUGAAUGUAUGCCUUACACUUUUACAGAGAUGCCAGUUUGUACUUGUCUUGGACUUGGUAUUGUUCGAGGAAUAGAUAUUUCUAGGGAGCUGCUAUACAUUGUCACUACACUGCCCAAAAUUGUCUUUCGUAAAACAAAUACGAUUCUGAAAGGCAACUUGACUCUGCCAGACCAGCUCAUUCUGAAACAGAAGAGUUCAGUCCCAAUCCCUUAUGUUGAUUCGUUAGCACCAUCUACAGCUGUAUCAUCUGUCAGGCCAAGGUCACGUAUGCCUCGGUCUUCUCUGGGAGCCCAGUGAUUGUUGGUGACAGUAAUCUAUGGCCAGUCUAGUCAAGUGUGAACACCAAGACUGUCAUUGUGGAAAUUUUUACUUUGGAAUUUUUAAAUUGUUUCAUUGGAUCAAAUAUUUCAAUUGUCGUAACAAAUCUUAUUUAACCCAGAGCUAGUUACUAGUGAAGAACAUGCAGAGAAAAUGUUACUUGUGUAUCUAAUUUUUUAGAAUGAUUUCAUUCAUUUCACUAGUCUGCCUUUUUUUUAUUAUUUCAAAGCUAUUCAUCAAAAUAUAAUUCAUUUGUAAUUCUUGUUAUGAUGGCUUAUGUUAUAGAAAUAGGCAAAACUGAUGUAAUCAAAAUAGUGAGAUAGUGAUGUAUAUAAGUCUCUAAACCUCAUGUUAAAUAUUAAAUGACUUUGAUUAAAUAAUAUAAGUAAAGUACUUACUCUAAGGCAUGUUUUUAUGUACAUUAUGUACAUAAUCGCCUUAACCCAUCAGUUAUGCCAGUAGAAUGUAUCACAGCACUAAAGUGAGUUUCAAUCCAAGUGUACUGCUCCUCCUUUCUUUGAGAGUUUUAUUUAAUGUACUAUUGAAAGCAAAAGUCUACAGCAACUUUGUCUGCCUAGUUCUAUGUAAUACUUGAAGAAUGGCCAACUGAGAAGUCUUUUUAAACAUAUAAUUUAUGAACCGAAACAAAAAAUUUUAUUUACAUUUCUAAGAAGCAGUUUCCUUUUUCAUUCAUUUUGCAAAGUCCUGAACUAAACACAACAUGGCUUAAAUUGUGCCUAUGUGCCGAAAACCCAAUAACUUAACUAAAACGAUCACAUUUUAUAAUUACCUAGUUUUAAAUAUGUUCGCAGUUUGUUUUUUUAAAUCCCUUUUUCCUGACGAAUUUCAUUUUGAGGACCAAAAUAUAUUUGAAAUAUUUUGCUGUCUGAUAGGAAUAUCAAAGUCAUGGAAUGCAGAGUUAUAGUCAUUGUAGCCAUUUUUAUAAGGGGUAAAUUGUUGUUUUUUUUUUAAUUCAGAAUCCAGAGAUCUGCUUAUCAGAUUUUCUUUUCUUUGUUCAACUGAAAUCCGACUAAGGUAUAGUAUGGCUGCUAUAAUAGACCAACUCUACUAUCAGAGAAUAUUACAUUUAAAUCAAGAACCAAUUAGACAUUUUUACAUAUCUGACUAUAUAACAUUGGAAAUUAUUUGUUCAUUUUCAUAUACCCUUGUUUCCACAUAUCAAUGUGCAUUUAGCUUGUAUUUUAUGUAUAUAUAUUCAGACAGUUUUUAUUGCAUUUGGACACUAAAUGCUCAUUAGAAAACUUUUAUCAGUUUGUUUUUUGUGUGCUGAAAGAUUCUAUAAGUCUCUGACUACAAACAUUUAUUGAAACUAUGUUAAUGUGUCCAUGAAGGGGAACUAGGAUAAAGGUUUCUUUGUGAAAUCUUUACAAUUGAAUUUUAUUGUCAUGUGUUAUAUCAAAAUUCUGGUUGAAUGGCUGCCUGGUCAUGUGGUAUACAUUCUGAACUGUCAUCCGGAUGAUCCAGGUUUGAACCCCACCAGCCAACCAGCAGCUGUUUUUAGGCUAGGAUGUAAACAAUUCUGAAGGAACAUACAAAACAUGCAAUUCUUGGGAAGUUAUGGAAAAUAUCUAACAUGAAUUUCAGAAGCAUUAUUUUUUUUAAUUGAUAAACUGAUUUGUUGAGCAACUUUUUUGUCUCUAUGGUUAUCACUACUUCAUUUUUCUCAAAAGUUUGUAGACUAGCUGAAGUUCCUGUAAUGUGGUCCACCAGUUCUUAAAACUUUUUUUUUUAUAACUUGAACAAUAACAAUGCUUGUGUGAGCUAAAUUAACCCAACCUACUUAACCUACAGCUAUGUUUACCAACACAUAUGGUACAAACUCUAUUCGGGGACUGCUAGGUUCUUGUGGUUUGAAAUGUUGGAACUCGACAGUGAUAGUUCUCUGUAGAAUUGCAUUGACUAAUCUAAGUUCCAGUACCUGUUUCUUCCCCUAUUUUAGUUUUCUGUUCUUGAGAAAAUUGUUUCCCCUUUCUAACCAGAAUUUGUUGUUCUGUCCUUUGCUGUACACACUCUGUGCCUCAAUAUAAGAUUGUUGUGAUGAUUGAAUGUAGGCACUAUGUAUGUAGUUCUAUUGAGGAAGUUAAACAGAAACAUUGGGUGUACCUCAAUAAACUUUUGUUCCUAUCAGACUGUUCUAGAUUUAUCUGUGCCAAUGAAUUUUGUUAUUACUACAGAUUUAUUUUAAAAAAUGACUUAUUCUCAAGAAUUAUGAAUUGAAAACAGUAUUUGGGCAUUGAAUGUAAAAUAUAUUUUUUAUAUCUUCACUUAUAUGACUUGUUUCAAUGACUUGGCUCAAUAGUUUUGUUGGUUAUUUCAUUGUAUUGUGUUGUAUUGGGAAGUCUGUGUAGGGAGUGAUAAUAAAAUGUUAUGGAAUCAUU